AUGACCCAAGGUGUCAGCUAUGUCUUCAGCAGCCAGAAACAGCAACCCAUCUUUGCAAGGACUGUCCCUUCGCGGUCGCAGUUUGGAUCCAGUUCAAGCACCACCGGAAGUGACCUGACAGGACGGGACCGGGGCGUGCUGCUCUGCUUCCUCCACAAGAAUCUCCCGCAGCUCGCCGAUUACCACGUCGUGGCCACCACUCUCGCCGGCUACUUCGUUCUGGCGGGCAAAAGCCCUCCUCACGCCGCUUGCGUCCUCAACCCUCUUACCGGCAUCGUGAUCCCUUUCGCGGCACCUGUGCCACCCGAUGUGGGAAUCGCUGAUGUCAUUUCCCCCAAUGGCUCUUCGCUCCGGCUCGCCGUGUUCUGCGACUCAUCUCGCAAGGCUUACGCGGCCGAUCCUCACAGUAAAAGUUUCUCCGGAAGGUCGUAUAAAUCAGCUUAUCAUUUCAUCCGGAAGGCGGCCGUGGGUGGUGUCUACGCACACAUGAAUGUCUUGGGAUUAUCCGAAUUACGUGAGAUGUUUACUUGUUUACACAAGUUUCUGCCGGCUGCUCCUUUUGGCGAGGCUUUCUCCGGCGAUCUUCCUUCAGAUGCCUACGGCAUCCGGUGUUCCCUAGUGGGUUUGGAUGGGCAUAUAUGUGUCGUCUUGAAGCUCUUGAAUCCACAGCAAGCUCCUUCUCUCUUUGCUCUCCAACUUGACACCGAGACAGGUAAGCUCUCGCCUGUGAAGGCCACUGGCAGAUUUGUCAUCUUCAUCGGUGACCACAAGUGCUUCUCUGUCGAUGCUGAUAAGUUCCCAGGCACUGAGGCAGAUUGCGUGUAUUACAUCGAACAUCUGGGUUCGUCUGCUCAUAUCUGCAAGUGCUACAUCAAGGACAACAAAAGAGAGAGGAUCUUGGAAGCUGCAGAUUUCAGAAAGCAGGACGUCGACAGGCAGUUUGUCCUGGUCGCCGACCGUCCUUACACCAUCAUCCACCUUCUCUCCAGCUACGCCAUCAACACCCUGGAUUCUCAACUGGCCUUGCAACAAUUCCAUAAAGCACCAGCGGAUCCUCAUUCAAUCUGGGGAUGGUGA